AUGAAUAGAGAGAAUUGGGUAGAAAUCAAAAGAGGAGCGGAAGCAUCUAUUUGGAAGAUGCAACUUUUUGGUAAGAACUGUGUAGCUAAAGUUCUUGAACCUAAAACAUGGCGCGCAGCUCCUCUUGAUAAAAUGUUACGUUCUGACAGAAUUAAAAGCGAAGCAAGAACAAAUUUCCGCUGCAUGCAACUCGGAAUCCCUACAUGUCCAAUAGUUUAUAUUGAUCCUGAAACAUCUACGUUAAUUAUGGAAGAACUAAAUGGAGGUAGCUUAAAACAAAUGAUUUUCGACUGCACAGAUCAUAACGAUCCAAAAGUUAUACAGGCUCUUAAAGAAAUGGGUCAAAUUGUUGCAACUUUACACAAUAAUGAUAUUCUUCAUGGCGAUUUAACAACUUCAAACUUUAUGCUUCAUGAUGGAAAAGUCCGUGUUAUUGAUUUUGGUCUUUCCUUCCAAAGUGGACUUCCAGAAGACUUUGCUGUUGAUUUAUAUGUUAUGGAAAGAGCAUUCAAUUCAUCACAUCCAGAUAAAACUGAUUUACUUAAGAUAGUUUUUGACUCAUACACAGAGCAUUGCAAGAGAGCACCUGCUAUUUUGAAAAGACUAAAGAAAGUCCGUUCUCGUGGCCGUAAGAGAUCAAUGGUUGGAUAA